CUCCCGGCCGAGCCCCGCCGGAGGGAGGCGGCUCCGCGCGGGGCCCGCCGCCCGCGCCGCCGCCGCCGCCGAAACCCGGCCGCGGCGCGCCCGACCUUCUGCGCCGGCUGCUGCGGCCACCCUCACCGCGCUCCCGCCCCAGCCGCUGCCCCCGCCCGCCCCGCUCGCCCCGCGCACCCCGCGCGCCCCAGCCCGGGGAGGGGCUCCCACGACCCCGGGCGCGCGCGCUUGGGGGCGCGCCAGGGACUCCAGGGUCCCUUGCCCCGCGCCGCCUCUCCCUCCUCCCUCUUUCUUCGGGCAGCCUUCCCACCACCCCACUUCAGCCUCCCCCACUCUUGCCGCCUCCAUAUCAUCAAGCUCUGGUGGCGCUUGGGGGGCUUUUCGGAUCGGCAGGAUGUACCCCCAGGGAAGGCACCCGACCCCGCUCCAGUCCGGCCAACCCUUCAAGUUCUCGAUCUUGGAGAUCUGCGACCGCAUCAAAGAAGAAUUCCAGUUUCUCCAGGCUCAGUACCACAGCCUCAAGCUCGAAUGUGAGAAGCUGGCCAGCGAGAAGACGGAAAUGCAGCGACAUUAUGUCAUGUAUUAUGAGAUGUCUUACGGGCUCAACAUUGAAAUGCAUAAGCAGGCGGAGAUUGUGAAGCGUCUGAGCGGUAUCUGCGCUCAGAUUAUCCCUUUCCUGACCCAGGAGCAUCAGCAGCAGGUGCUCCAGGCCGUAGAGCGUGCCAAGCAGGUCACCGUGGGGGAGCUGAACAGCCUCAUCGGGGUGAGUCUAGCCCCUGCCCUGCCAUGGGGAGACGCCCACUCCCAGGUCCCUGGCACCCACCCAGGAGGUGUUAAAGCUGGGGGUGGUGUGUGGGCCUCGGCUCCGGCGGUCCUGGGAACCCUAGGGGCAUAUGCUGUGCUUAGGUCCCAUCCCCUGUGUCUACCUCUUGGGCUGGGGACCGCUGGGCUCCUGCCGCCCCCCGCCCCGGCCCAUCCUGCCUCCUUUCUAGCAGCAGCAGCUCCAGCCGCUGUCCCACCACGCACCCCCUGUACCCCUCACCCCCCGCCCAGCCGGGCUGGUGGGUGGCAGUGCUACAGGGCUGCUUGCCCUGUCUGGAGCCCUGGCCGCCCAGGCUCAGCUGGCCGCGGCUGUCAAGGAGGACCGUGCGGGCGUGGAGGCCGAGGGGUCCAGAGAGUGCAUCUCCCUCGCCCCCUGAGAGUCUCGUGGAGGAGGAGCGACCGAGUGGCCCUGGUGGUGGUGGGAAGCAGAGAGCAGAUGAGAAGGAGCUGUCAGGACCUUAUGAAAGCGACGAAGACAAGAGUGACUACAAUCUGGUGGUGGAUGAGGACCAACCCUCAGAGCCCCCCAGCCCGGCUACCACCCCCUGCGGAAAGCACUCCUGCCUCCAAGUCCUGUGACUCCUCCCCGCCCCAGGACGCGUCCACCCCCGGGCCCAGCUCAGCCAGUCACCUCUGCCAGCUCGCUGCCAAGCCAGCGCCUUCCACGGACAGUAUCGCCCUGAGGAGCCCCCUGACUCUGUCCAGUCCCUUCACCACGUCCUUCAGCCUGGGCUCCCACAGCACCCUCAACGGAGACCUCUCCGUGCCCAGCUCCUACGUCAGCCUCCACCUGUCCCCCCAGGUCAGCAGCUCUGUGGUGUACGGACGCUCCCCCGUGAUGGCAUUUGAGUCUCAUCCCCAUCUCCGAGGGUCAUCUGUCUCUUCCUCCCUACCCAGCAUCCCUGGGGGAAAGCCGGCCUACUCCUUCCACGUGUCUGCGGAUGGGCAGAUGCAGCCGGUGCCCUUCCCCUCGGAUGCACUGGUAGGCGCGGGCAUCCCGCGGCACGCCCGGCAGCUGCACACGCUGGCACACGGCGAGGUGGUCUGCGCGGUCACCAUCAGUGGCUCCACGCAACACGUGUACACGGGCGGCAAGGGUUGUGUGAAGGUGUGGGACGUGGGCCAGCCUGGGGCCAAGACGCCCGUGGCCCAGCUCGACUGCCUGAACCGAGACAACUACAUUCGCUCCUGCAAGUUGCUGCCGGAUGGCCGGAGUCUGAUCGUGGGCGGUGAGGCCAGCACCUUGUCCAUUUGGGACCUGGCGGCGCCCACCCCCCGUAUCAAGGCCGAGCUGACCUCCUCAGCCCCAGCCUGCUACGCCCUGGCCGUCAGCCCCGACGCCAAGGUUUGCUUCUCCUGCUGCAGCGAUGGCAACAUUGUGGUCUGGGACCUGCAGAAUCAGACUAUGGUCAGGCAGUUCCAGGGCCAUACGGACGGCGCCAGCUGCAUUGAUAUUUCCGAUUACGGCACUCGGCUCUGGACAGGGGGCCUGGACAACACGGUGCGCUGCUGGGACCUGCGGGAGGGCCGCCAGCUGCAGCAGCAUGACUUCAGCUCGCAGAUUUUCUCCCUGGGCCACUGCCCUAACCAGGACUGGCUGGCGGUCGGAAUGGAGAGUAGCAACGUGGAGAUCCUGCACGUCCGCAAGCCGGAGAAAUACCAGCUGCACCUCCACGAGAGCUGCGUGCUGUCCCUGAAGUUCGCCUCCUGCGGACGGUGGUUCGUGAGCACCGGGAAGGACAACCUGCUCAACGCCUGGAGGACGCCGUACGGAGCCAGCAUCUUCCAGUCCAAGGAGUCGUCCUCAGUCCUGAGUUGUGACAUCUCCAGAAAUAACAAAUACAUCGUGACAGGCUCGGGGGACAAGAAGGCCACCGUGUAUGAGGUAGUCUACUGAGACAUGACCCCGCUUCCUGUACCCGAAGUCCAGACUCCUAGGGGAAGCAGCAGCUGGGACAGACAUCCUAGCAGCCGCCUCCUAGCCCUGCCUAGGAACUGUUCAUCCCAUCUGCUCUCUGGCCAGCGGCUUCACACCUUCCCCUGCUGCAUGUGGGGGCCGACAGGCAGGGGACCUCGGUGGAAAUAAAAUGUAUUUAUCACA